CGUUGAAGCGUGCGGUCGGUUUGACGGUUGUGCGCGACUUUGAACCACAUACGAAGUUUAACUGCAGAGAAUCGAAAUAAAAUGAAUUUGAAAACGAAAAAUUAAGACAGUUAAAUGCGCCAAACGGCAAUCUUUUGUGAAUGAAAACUUGCUUGUGUUGAAUUUAAUGAAGGAGCGCACGCGUUUUAAAAGUAACUCAAUAAACUCUAAAUUCUAACUACGAUUUGUUGUGCAAAAAAAGUUUUUAGCUUUGCCGCUAACAACAACGCAGACGCCGACGCCGCCGUCGCAGUCGCAAUCGCAGGUCGACGUCGCCGUCAAAAAAGUGCUCAAACAAGAUUUCCACUUGAAAUUCCUGAAUUUCGUUCGCGACGCGCAGCAAACAAAAAAUAAAAGAAGUAAAAUAUAAAUCGAAAGAUAAAAGCGCAAUACAAAUAAAUACCAAAAGUUUCUGCAAGUGCACACAGCAUUUUGAAUGUGUUAUAACGGUGUCUGUCUGCUAUGUAUAUGUAUGCUUGCAUGUGUGUGUUAUAAUUUUUUGCAGUUUGAAAACGCUUUUGGAUUAGCGGCGCUUUUAUUUACAUAGACUGUGCACGACUAAACGAUACUACUUCAAUCGCAGCAUCUAUCCCUAUUUUUGAGCUAUAUAAGAAGAUGCGCGGAACGGACCUCAUGAUGAAGUUGCCGACGAGGCGUCUCUGAACUGCUGACAGCCAAGUGCCAGCGCCAGUGCCAGUGCCAGUGCGUGCGUAUCUCAAAGCAACCAACAGCGACAACAACAACAAUACUGAGUCGCAGCGCAUUUCCGGCUGGACGCACCUACCUAACUAAGUGGACGGCUACCUACGCACUCGCUCGUCACUCGUUGCUCUUCGCUGGCAACUCGUCGCUCGUCGCUCGCUGCUGCUGUUGCUGCCAUUGCAACUGGCCAGCUGCUAUCAGUUCUUCCGAAGCGCGCGGUCGCGACGGGCUGCAAAAAAUCCAAAUAAAUAAGUAAGCGCCGGGAGAGCGCGGUAACAACAACAACAACAAUAACAAUAACAUCGAAAUCAUUAACGAAUAUCGAACAACGAAAUACAGCAAACCAAUGCUCCGCCGUGAACAAUCAAAUACAACCAUAUAUACAUAUAUACAUAUAUAUGUGUGUGUACAUAAAUAUAUAUAGAGAAAUAUAAAGUGCGGAAAAUACGUGAAAAACACGGAAAAUACGGUAAACGGUCGCCAACAAUCCUUUUGCCUUGCGCAAAUAUUUGUGGAAACGUGAUUGCUGUUGACAAAGUGGCGUCCGCACACGCACUCGAUACUUUCAAUUAGGCACGUUGCUUAUAAAUGUGCCACAAUGGCGCCGCCGUCCAGGACGACGACACCAUCAACGGUGCAACCACCGACGCGUUGUAAAGCCACUGUCACGGCAACAGCUAAGGCUCUAAUCCUGCCCCUGUCCCUGUCACGGCCCCUGCCCCUGCCCCUGCCCCUGCUGCUGCUGCUGGUACUAGCUGCAGUCACGGUCCGGGCUGAACCGUAUUCGGGCGGCUUUGGCAGUUCGGCCAUCGCUAGCGGUGGCUUGGGCUCCGUGGGCAUUCACAUACCCGGCGGCGGAGUGGGCGUUAUCACUGAGGCGCGCUGUCCGCGGGUUUGCUCCUGCAGCGGUUUAACCGUCGACUGUUCGCAUCGUGGAUUAACCCAGGUGCCGCGCAAAAUAUCAGUGGAUGUGGAAAGACUCGAUUUGCAGGGCAACAAUUUGACCGUGAUAUACGAGUCGGAUUUUCAGCGCUUGACCAAGCUGCGCAUGCUUCAACUGACGGACAACCAAAUACACACCGUUGAGAAGAAUGCUCUGCAAGACUUGGUUUCGCUGGAGCGACUACGCCUAAACAACAAUCGACUUAAGGCAAUACCUGAAAACUUAGUGACAAGUUCAGCGAGUCUUUUGCGAUUGGACAUCUCGCACAAUGUCAUCACCACGGUCGGCCGGAGGGUCUUUAAGGGCGCCCAGUCGCUGCGGAGCCUACAGCUAGACAACAAUCAAAUCACAUGUAUGGAUGAGCAUGCCUUCAAGGGAUUGUUGGAGCUGGAAAUACUCACACUGAAUAACAAUAACUUGACCGCCCUGCCGCACAAUGCCUUCGGGGGAUUGGGAAAAUUGCGGGCGCUGCGCCUCUCGGAUAACCCAUUCGCCUGCGAUUGCCAUUUGUCCUGGCUGUCGCGCUACCUACGCAGCGCGCCGCGUCUCGCCCCUUACACGCGCUGCCAAUCGCCGUCGCAACUGAAGGGCCAAAACGUGGCGGACCUGCACGAUCAGGAGUUCAAAUGCUCAGGUCUCACCGAGCAUGCGCCAAUGGAAUGCGGCGCGGAGAACAGCUGCCCCCACCCCUGUCGCUGUGCCGAUGGCAUUGUCGAUUGCCGUGAGAAGAGUCUGACGAGUGUGCCCGUUACGCUGCCGGAUGAUACCACCGAACUGCGCCUGGAGCAGAACUUCAUCACUGAACUGCCAGCAAAAUCCUUCUCCAGCUUCCGGCGACUGCGACGCAUUGAUCUGUCGAACAACAACAUCUCGCGCAUUGCACACGAUGCGCUAAGUGGCCUAAAGCAGCUAACCACGCUCGUGUUGUAUGGCAAUAAAAUAAAGGAUUUGCCCUCGGGCGUAUUCAAAGGACUUGGCUCGUUGCAGCUGCUGCUGCUGAAUGCCAACGAGAUCUCCUGCAUACGCAAGGAUGCCUUCCGCGACCUGCACAGCCUCAGUUUGCUCUCACUUUACGACAACAACAUUCAGUCGCUGGCUAAUGGCACAUUCGACGCCAUGAAGAGCAUCAAAACGGUACAUUUGGCCAAGAAUCCUUUCAUUUGUGACUGCAAUCUGCGCUGGCUGGCCGACUAUUUGCACAAAAAUCCCAUAGAGACAAGUGGAGCACGCUGUGAGUCACCGAAGCGGAUGCAUCGCCGGCGCAUUGAAUCUUUGCGCGAGGAGAAAUUCAAAUGUUCCUGGGAUGAAUUGCGAAUGAAGCUAUCCGGCGAGUGUCGCAUGGACUCAGACUGCCCAUCCAUGUGCCAGUGCGAGGGCACAACGGUCGACUGUGCGGGACGUGGUCUCAAGGAAAUACCACGCGACAUUCCAUUGCAUACCACAGAGCUUUUACUCAAUGACAACGAAUUGGGACGCAUUAAUUCGGAUGGCCUGUUUGGACGCUUGCCGCAUCUGGUUAAACUGGAGCUGAAGCGCAAUCAGCUGACUGGCAUUGAGCCGAAUGCCUUUGAGGGUGCAUCGCGCAUUCAGGAUUUGCAGUUGGCCGAGAAUAAGAUAAAGGAAAUUUCGAAUAAAAUGUUCCUCGGACUGCAUCAGCUGAAAACCCUCAAUCUUUAUGACAAUCAAAUUUCAUGCGUCAUGCCUGGUUCAUUCGAGCAUCUCAACUCGCUGACGUCUUUGAAUCUAGCAUCGAAUCCAUUCAAUUGUAAUUGUCAUUUGGCCUGGUUCGCCGAGUGGUUGCGUAAAAAAUCGCUGAACGGCGGUGCGGCACGUUGUGCUGCCCCAGCCAAAGUACGUGACGUGCAAAUCAAGGAUCUGCCGUACAACGAAUUCAAAUGCAGCAGCGACAACAACGAGGGCUGCCUCGGCGAUGGCUACUGUCCGCCGGCCUGCACGUGCACCGGCACCGUGGUGCGCUGCUCACGCAAUCAAUUGAAGGAAAUACCGCGUGGCAUACCGGCCGAGACGUCCGAAUUGUAUCUGGAGUCCAAUGAGAUCGAGCAGAUACAUUAUGAGCGCAUCAGGCAUUUGCGUGCGCUGACACGACUCGAUCUCAGCAACAAUCAAAUCACAAUUCUAUCCAAUUACACCUUCGCCAAUCUAACCAAGCUAUCCACGCUAAUCAUUUCGUACAAUAAGUUGCAAUGCCUGCAACGUCAUGCGUUGUCUGGUCUGAAUAAUCUGCGCGUGCUCUCGCUGCACGGCAAUCGGAUAUCCAUGCUGCCGGAGGGUUCCUUCGAGGAUCUCAAGUCGUUGACACACAUUGCCUUGGGCAGCAACCCGCUUUACUGUGAUUGCUCGCUGAAAUGGUUCUCGGACUGGAUCAAGCUGGACUAUGUUGAGCCGGGUAUUGCGCGCUGUGCCGAGCCGGACCACAUGAAAGAUAAGUUAAUACUGUCCACGCCCUCGUCGAAUUUCGUGUGCCGUGGCAAGGUGCGCAACGAGAUCCUGGCUAAGUGCAAUGCCUGCUACGAGCAGCCCUGCCAGAACAAGGCCCAGUGCCUGGCCUUGCCCCAGCGAGACUACCAAUGUCUCUGCCAGCCGGGCUAUCACGGCAAGCACUGCGAGUUCAUGAUCGAUGCCUGCUACGGCAAUCCCUGUCGCAACAAUGCCACCUGCACGGUGCUGGAGGAGGGGCGCUUCAGUUGCCAGUGCGCGCCGGGCUACACAGGCGCCCGCUGCGAGACGAACAUCGACGAUUGCCUGGGCGAGGACAUACGCUGUCAGAACAAUGCCACCUGCAUCGAUGGCGUUCAAUCGUAUCGCUGCGAGUGCCAGCCUGGGUUCAGCGGCGAGUGGUGCGAUACGAAGAUUCAGUUCUGCAGCCAGGAGUUCAAUCCCUGUGCAAACGGGGCCAAGUGCUUGGAUCACUUCACUCACUACAGCUGCGAGUGCAUGGCCGGCUUCCAUGGCAUCAACUGUACGGACAACAUCGAUGACUGCCAAAAUCACAUGUGUCAGAAUGGCGGCACCUGCAUCGAUGGCAUUAACGACUACGUCUGCAAGUGCCCGGAUGACUUUACCGGAAAAUACUGUGAGGGCCACAACUUGAUCUCCAUGAUGUAUCCGCAGACAUCGCCAUGCCAGAACCACGAAUGCAAGCACGGCGUGUGCUUCCAGCCAAAUGCCGCCGGCUCCGACUAUCUGUGCAAAUGCCAUCCGGGCUACACGGGCAAGUGGUGCGAGUACUUAACCAGCAUCAGCUUCGUUCACAACAAUUCGUUUGUCGAGCUGGAGCCGCUACGCACCAGACCCGAGGCAAAUGUCACCAUUGUCUUUAGCAGCGCCGAGCAGAACGGCAUCCUCAUGUACGAUGGUCAGGAUGCGCAUUUGGCCGUGGAGCUGUUCAAUGGCCGCAUUCGCGUUAGCUACGACGUCGGCAACUAUCCGGUGUCCACCAUGUACAGCUUCGAAAUGGUGGCCGAUGGCAAGUACCAUGCCGUGGAGUUGUUGGCCAUCAAAAAGAACUUCACGCUGCGCGUGGAUCGAGGCCUGGCACGCUCCAUCAUCAAUGAAGGCUCCAACGAUUAUCUGAAGCUCAGCACGCCUAUGUUCCUGGGCGGCCUGCCCGCGGAGCCCGCCCAGCAGGCUUACAAAAACUGGCAGAUUCGCAACUUGACCAGUUUCAAGGGCUGCAUGAAGGAGGUCUGGAUCAAUCAUAAGCUCGUCGACUUUGGCAAUGCGCAGCGGCAGCAGAAGAUCACCCCGGGCUGUGCUCUGCUUGAGGGCGAGCCCAAUGAGGGCGAGGAGGACGACGAGCAGGACUUCAUGGACGAGACUCCGCACAUUAAGGAGGAGCCCGUGGAUCCCUGCGCGGAGCACAAAUGCCGUCGUGGCAGCCGCUGUGUGCCCAAUGCCAAUUCCAAGGACGGCUACCAGUGCAAGUGCAAGCACGGCCAGCGUGGACGCUACUGCGAUCAAGGUGAGGGCAUCACAGAGCCCCCAACAAUCACGGCCGCCGCGACGUGUCGCAAGGAGCAGGUGCGUGAGUAUUACACGGAGAACGACUGCCGCUCUAGGCAGCCGCUAAAGUACGCCAAAUGCGUCGGCGGCUGUGGCAAUCAAUGCUGCGCGGCCAAAAUUGUGCGAAGACGCAAGGUGCGCAUGGUAUGCAGCAACAAUCGCAAAUACAUCAAGAACUUGGAUAUCGUGCGCAAAUGUGGAUGCACCAAGAAAUGCUACUGACUGAAAGAUGCGACUACCCAAUUGCUUAUACAAAGCAAUAGCAGCUUAGAUGUUAGUUUAGGAACACAAUUAAACUUAACUUAUAAUAUGAGUAAUAUUGAUAAUGGUAAUAACAAUAACAAUAACAAUAACUAUAAUAAUAAUAAUAACGAUAAUAGCAGUAGAAAUAGUAGCAGUAGCAGUAGUAUUAACCUUAGUCUUAAGCCGCAUAGCAGUAGAUUUAAUAGCACGGGGCAGCAGCAACUGGGCGUGGCUGCUGUUGACCAGAGACAGGAGGCGGUUUCGGGCGAGGAGGGCUAUGCUGUGGAGGACGCUGAAGCGGACACAGAACGCAUGCAAGCGGACCUCCAUGGCGAUGAUGUAGACGAUGAUGAUGAUGAUGAUGAUGAUGACGACGACGACGACGAGGGGACGAGCUUAUUUGCAGAUGAUGACGAUGAUGAAGAUAAAGAUGAGUAUGAUGAGGAUGACGAGGAGCCGGAGCAGUUGCCCGAUCCCAAGAGUCUUAUCUCAGCUGCUGCACAGCAACAGCCACCACCAGAUGAAGAGGAGGAUAUGGGCUAUGAUGAGGACGAUGAGCGUCUGGCCUUGGAGCGGCCGCGGACAGCUCGUCCGCGUGCCGAUGAAGAGCAUUUCGUGAACGAGGAGGGCAGCGGCGCCGGCGCCGGCGGCUACAAGGCGCGCUUCAGACCCAGCAAUAGCUACAGACAAUUGCAUCUGGAGAACAUACGCAAGAAGCUGCUCACGGAGAGCCAGCAGCAGGAGCCAGCCGUGGCGGUGGCCGUGCCGAGCACUGCGAUUGAUCUGCGCGAGAGCAGCGGCCAUUUUGCUAACGAUGAUGAGGAUGGCGAGGAUAACGAUGACGGUGUCGAUGAUGAAUACGCUGGCAAUGACGAUAGCGCUGGCUUCUUUGCGUCGCAGCGCUCGAAGAGCAGCUCCGGUUCGAAUCAUUAUUUUCGCAAGAAUAGCAAUGAUGCGAUCAAAAUUAUAUCGACGCCGCUGGGCAAGGUGGGCAUUGUCUAUCAGCAGACGCCCACCGAUGCCGAUGGAGCCCAGCAGCAGCAUCAGCUGCAUGCGAACAAACAGCUGGAACAGCAGUCACAGCAGAAGCCAGCGACACAGUUUACGGAUUUCGAUGCCUUGUCACCGGAUCCGGAGAGCAGUCAUCGUUUUCCAUCGCCACAUCCGAAAAUAACGCCCGUACUAACACCCGAUGGCAAGGUGGCGCUGCUUUAUCGCGGUGAUUCGGAGAGCUCCAAGUACGAGCCCAUACGCAAUCUGACGCACAAGUUCACCAGCUCCAAUGCCAAGUCAGCGUCCGAGCCGGUCAAAGCGAGCAGUGACGACUCCUCAGACGACUCCUCCGACGAUUCGGUCUACACGGACAGCGAGGAUGAAAGCGCGGGCGAUAAACCAGUGCCGGCUUCGACCUCGUCUGUGACGCCCAAGCCGCUGCAGCCUGAGAUACUGGAGCCGCCGGCCCAUGCGCCAAACGGUGGCAGCUUUAUAAUACGACCCACCUCUGACUCGCUGCUGCCCAUGAUUAAUCGGCCAUUGUCCGAGGUGCUGGGCAUCAAGAAAAAUCAGUUCCAAGAGACGCGCGUGCGCGACCAGCUGCCCAUGUUAGCCGUCACUGAGGCAACGCCUCGCUCUCUACUUGCUCAGCCUGCACAGCAGACCGAGCACAAGCCGAGCAGCGGUCUGCAUUUCCUCACCAAGGUCAACCUGGCCGAAUACCCCACAUCCAAGCAGCAGUCGCCGCCUUCACUGGGCCAACUGCCCACAGGACGUGACUUCGACUUUAGCCUGGAUAAUACCAUGCUGGAUGAGAGAUCGCGUGUGCGUGAGCUGGAGCGGCAGCGAGAGCGUGAGCGAGAGCAUAAUGAGGCCACCAGCAAAGGCGGGACCGAGGCGCACACAAUUGCCAACGAGCAAUUGCUGUCCAAGACGGAGGUGAUCAACUUGGCCAUAAUACCGCAAUUCAAUGAAGACAUGGAGAGUUUGCAGCGCCUGCAUGAGAGCGGCGGGCUGGGCGGUCGCCGGCACCAUCGCACGCGGCAUCGCCACAAGCAAACAGACGAAGAACUGUCCGGCAUCCACUGCGUCAUGCAGGUCAUGAUGGGCAUUGCGGCCGUAUCCACAGUCUUUGGAAUGCUGGGCACCUUCUUUAAGCAGCGCAUUCUGGAUCAGCUGCGUCUGAUGCACUGGUAGUACAACAAAGGGUAUUCGAUCCGCUUCGAAUACCUUCCCAAACCCAAUCCGAACGCAAAUCCUCGAGCGAAACAAGUCUCAUCAGUAACACGACCAACUUUACCACCAUCAUCAUUAUCAUCAUCAUGUCACCUUUAUUAUGUUAUUAUGAUCUACUAUUCUGAUCUAUUCUGACUACUAGCACAGGAGGCAACACUUUCCCCCUUUAAUACUACUACUAAUGCGCUCACUAUAUGGCCUCCACAUACAUACAUACAUACAUAUACUCAUAUAUCAUAUGCCAUAUUUAUAUAUACACAUAUAUACUCUCUAUUAGGUAGAACUGGAAAGCUGUCGUCCGUUUUAGAUACUGUUCCCCAAGUUCAUAUAACUUAACUCCAAAUAUUGUUGACAACUGUUAAUGCGAUGUUAACUUCUUAACAGCUGCAAAUGUUAGAGCAAUGUGAAACAAACUGUUAACAUAACUACAUAGCUACAGUUGUGUGCUAUACUGAAGACUUUUAUUGUAGUCACAUUAACAGUUGCUGUUACUGUUAACACCACACUGUUAACUACAUAGCAGCAGUUGAGUCCUAUUCUAAAGGCUUCUGUUGUCGUCACAUUAACAGAAUGUAUUAUGUACUUUCACGAUUUCCAGUUCUGCUCUCUAUAUUCACACAUACAUAUAUCAACUGAUGCAUAUAUCGAAAAUACAAUAUUUAUGCAAACUCUAUUUUUUGUCACUAGAAGCGUCCCUGCUUUUACGUUUUCCCAUACUUCUAGUAUACUUCCGCUUCUUUAUAUAUAAUAUAUAUAUAUUUAUAUAUACAAUAUUUAUAUACUUACUAGCAAGCUACCCAGGCGAUGUACAUAUAAAAGCACACUAUAACUGAACCACUCGACUAUAUGUAUAUGAACGCAACUGUAGCCCCUGCCAAAAAAGAGCAAUGGAACUCUUUCCUGACUUUUCCUCCCAACUUGUUUUCGUAUUUCCAAAUCUUUUUUCUCCUUAAUGUCAAUUUAAAAACCAUUCACACACACACACACAAGUUUGAGUGUACAAGCUUUAAGCAAGUCAUUGCAUGUGCCACGCCCACACCGCUAACGCACGCCCACAAAUAUAUACCCCGCCCAACAAAGAGAAAUAACAGCAAGAAAAAGAAGAAGCAUAUAAGAACAUUCCCCCGUCUGCGCACCGUCAACGAGAAUGAAUUGUAGUAACAGUUUCCUUUUGUAGAUAGAAUACAGUUGUUUAAAGAUUUGAAACGAUAACGAUAACCGAUAACCGAUAAAACAAUGAAACGAUAACACGAUACACAAAAAUUCAGCUGCACGCCACAAUAUGUAACGGUCGUUUUAAACGGGCCGCACACUCAAAGAUACGAGUAAAAACGGUAAUUAUAAUAAUCUGCGUGCUUAACGAAAUUCUGUUUAAGUUAGUAAGUUGCUCAACAACAAAAACGAACAUAAAAACAAAAACAAAAACAAAAACAAAAACUAAAAACAACAAUAAGCAAGCAAAAACGGAAACAAAACCA